AUGGAUUCAUACGCCUCGCUCAUCGCAGCACCCAUGUCGGUUCCUCAGAGGAAAUCUCUCCUCAAACAACUUCAGUCUCCUGAAGCCAUAUCAAGUCUCCGCAGGCCAGAGAUCCUGAUGGACUUCUUCACCGACAGCCUGGACAUGGGAGAUUUGAGUUUGGCUGUACCGGCUUUACAAGGUCUCUUCGUCCUCAUCACUACCAAGAACCUCGACUACCCGGCUUUCUUUCCAAGACUCUACGCUCUGUUGGACAAAGACCUCCUGCACAGCAAGUACCGAUCGCGGGUCCUACGGCAUCUAGACGUCUUCUUGUCUCCAACCAACCAUCUCCCCGCUACGACCAUUGCAAGCUUCAUCAAGCGUCUAUCACGCCUCUGUCUAUUUGCACCUCCAUCUGCCAUCGUGGCCAUCAUACCGUUCAUCUACAACCUCCUCAAAACCCACCCGACCACCACCUUCAUGAUCCACCGCCGCCCCUACCCACCAUACACCAAAUUCAAGCAUAACCUGGGCAAUGACCCGUACGACCCUACCGAGCCUGACCCACAGCUCACGGGUGCCAUCGACAGUUCCCUGUGGGAGUUGGAGACAGUUCAGUCCCACUACCACCCGACUGUCGCCAGCAUCGCUCGCAUCAUCUCCGAGCAGUUCACCAAGCAACAAUACAACCUGGAAGAUUUCCUUGACCACGGUUACGCCAGUCUGCUCGAGAGCGAACUCAAGAAGAAAGAGAAGAAACCCCCUGUCGUCGAGUACAAGAUCCCCAAGAAGAUCUUCAGCGCUGACGAUAGCGAAGACGAGGAGGGCGGACAGCGACAGCUGAACUCUUUACUGGACAUGUGGGACUUUGAAUGUUGA